AUGGGCGCCUAUGGGCUGAUUACGUUUGACGAGGAAUGGACACGAGUCGGAAGGGCCUUUGGAGGCACCUUAUUUUCUUCUUUCUCGCAAGAUGCAAUCAUGUUGGCUAUUAGUGAUUUUGGACUCGUGUUCUCGACUGGUAUUGCUUUCGUGUUGAUCAAGGUCAUUGCCAAAGGAUGGAUGCGAUACAGAGUCGCCGGAAUGGUUAUUCAACACUGUGUACAGGCGUCGUUUUUGCUUACGGCUAUUGCAUGGACUAUUUGGAGGGAUUGGCCAUGGGUGCAGUCUGGUUUCUUCACACUUCAUGCCAUCACCAUGCUCAUGAAAAUUCAUUCUUAUAUUGCCUACAACGGAGAUCUCUCCGAGAAGCUGCUUCAGCUCAAGCAGAACGAGGCUGCGUACGCUUUGAUCAAGAAGAGGGAUCCCGAGUUAAUCGAUGAUAUCUCAAAGAGCAACAGUGGUAACUGUGAAUUUCCCAACAAUCAUAGCAGUAACGACUCUUCACCCGACAACUCCAGCACCGAUUCUCUGAUUCGCGAGCAAAAAAAGGGUGCCAAUCGCCGUCGCCAUCACCGUCGCGCGUCGGAAGCAGCUGCAGCCCUUCUUCAUGAUCCUUCAACCCAUACGACUGCUGCUAACGCAAGCUUACUUGCAGCUGAUAUUGAAGAGCUUAAGGGUGAAUUACGUUGCCAAAACGGAGAGCUUUGGCCUGCCAAUGUCACUGUUGCGAACUUUCUGGAUUACCUGAUCGUGCCCUCAUUGAUCUAUGAACUUCAGUACCCACGUACUGACAGGAUUCGUCCUAUGUAUGUGUUUGAAAAGUCUGUUGCAACCUUGGGUACAUUUACUCUGUUGUAUUUGACGACCGAGCACUAUAUUUAUCCUGUGGUGUUCGAUCCCGCUAUUUCGCCUUUGCGUGCAUUGGUGCUGCUAAUGAUACCCUUUAUGAUGAACUACCUUAUGAUCUUUUAUAUUAUUUUUGAGUGCAUCUGCAAUGCAUUUGCUGAACUCAGUCGAUUCGCGGAUCGUAACUUUUAUGAGGAUUGGUGGAACUGCACUAGUUUUGAUGAGUGGGCACGCAAAUGGAAUAAGCCAGUCCAUCAUUUUUUGCUUCGACACGUCUACGAUUCUAGUAUUGAGUCUUUCCAUUUGUCCAAGUCCAAGGCAGCAAUUGCGACGUUUUUCUUGUCGUCAUGUGUGCAUGAGCUAGUGAUGAUGGUGGUGACAAGGAAAGUUCGACUAUAUCUGUUUGUGCUUCAGAUGUUCCAGCUGCCAUUAAUUUGGAUGGGCAACCACAAGGCCAUUCGAGAGAAGCCUCGACUCGCCAAUGCCUUCUUUUGGCUCGGUAUGUUCUGUGGUCCACCAUUGUUGGGUGUUGCAUACUGUUACGCCUAG